AUGUCGGCCGACCUCCAGUGGCUCCUCGUUCGCAAGUGGAACUCCUUCCAGCACAAGGCCGCCAACGGCCCCAUCUUCUCGGCUGAGAAGGCUUUUGGCGAGCAGAUUGCUGUCCAGAGGAGUCGGUUGGGAGAGGCGGAUGCUAUGGCUCUGGCACAUUCUCGGGAAGGGAGAUUGUCGGUAGAGGCGUUCGUUGCACGGCAUCCGGGAACGUAUACGGCACACAGGAAAUCGGCAGUGUUCAAAGCUCUAUCGGUUGCGGGAAGGACAAGGCAGGACGACAUGCUGACGUUGCAGGGCAACCUUGUCAACCUCCACUCCGGCAAGUACUCUGGCCUUGCCAACAACAAGGUCAUCGACAUCUCUGCCGGCCCUGACGGUUCCAUCACCGUCACCAAGGUCCAGGCCGACGGCGGCAAGGUUGCUUCCACCAAGCGCCAGUCGACCCUCCGUCGCUCCACCGGCCCUCGUCGCGCCAACAAGAUUGCCGCUGUCGAGACCGCCCACAAGGGCUUCCGCCCUGACCUCCGUCAGGCUGCCGUCGCUCGCGCUUCCGCCCUCUCGCGCGCCAACAAGCGCACCGCCAACCCCCCCAAGGACCGCGCUCCUAAGGCCCGCCGCAACAAGCAGGCCGCCGCCCCCGCCUCUGGCGAGAACGCCAUGGACCUCGACUAA